CUUACCUACUACUUUUCCAGUUUCUUACCCAUCUUGUAUUUUUUUCUCCUCCAUUCUUGUAUUCAGAUAUUUUAGUUUUGUUACAACCGUUUGUUUAACUUACAUUAUUUUCUUCGUCUUCUCAAUUGGCCUGCAGUUACAAAAAACAACACCAUAAUGAAUUCGAUAGUAGUAGCGACUAUUUGUGCUAUGUUCAUUACUUUCAGUGAGGCAGACAUCAAAGAAGGCAGUCUUCCGAGUAUUACAGCGCACAUUCCAUUGUUGGAAAACAUCAGAGAUGCGUGUAUGUUGAUGGGAAAGGCAAAUUAUUCAGUGAGCAGCAUGCGUUUGGAUUCGCCGCAGAUCGGUGGUUGUGUCCACUUCAACCAGAAAAAAACUGACGUGUUCACGACAAAAUCAUUUACCCUGUGGCUUGACACUUUGCAGAAUGGCAAGCAACAAUGCGGUCAGGAAGGUAUGGAACAAAUCAGAUAUUCCUGUGAGGAAUUUUCCAAGACGUCGAUAGGAAAUACCGAUGAUGGAGCUAAGUUCGUACGUCUAUACGGCCGAGACGUCAACAAGAAGGGUGUGGAAAGUAUCAGAUGUGCCUUGUUCGAGAAGGACGUAAUCAACAGCACAAUUUUCCGCCUAGCAGUGAGCGGAAACAAUUCUUGCUUUGGUUUGGCCAAGGUUUUCGAUGACAAACUUUCGACGAUCCCCGAAGGAUCCAAUUUUCUACGGUUAACAAGAGACCCAGAAUACCAGGAACACCAAUCAAGAGACAAACGUUCAGCGGUUAAUCCUACCCCCACAGUUCAAAACCAGGACUGGUUUACUGUGUGGAUGCUGGGUUAAUAGGUUUUAGUACCUAAACCAUUUUUUUCUGAUUAUUCACAAUUUUUUUCUUUGUAAAUGGAAUUUUUUUCUCUCCAUAAAUAAUAAAAUAAAUAAAUAAUUAUUACAAUAAAAACUUUCAUAAAAUAACCCAAUUAUGCAUUUUAUUUGUCUU